GAGAAAGUGAAAGUAACUUGAUCAACAACAAUAUGGACGCCUGAAAAGAUCAACCUCUUUAAACAACAGAAUAUUUAUUGAGCCGUUCAAAGAGUCUUGUGGACACAUCUGAUCCUCACAGGCAUCAAAAGAGGAAGGGCAAUGGCAGAAUAUUCCCCAACAUCACCGAAAAUGAGAGAAAGGACAAGGAGUGUGGAUGUUCCUCCAUUGAUGUCAUCCUCUAGUGGUCCACUGACUGAGGAGCUUCAGUGCUCGAUAUGUCUGGACGUGUUCACUGAUCCAGUCAGCACUCCAUGUGGACACAACUUCUGCAAGACCUGUCUGAAUAAGUGCUGGGACAACAGCCAGACCUGCAACUGUCCAUACUGUAAAGAAACAUUCAAGAUCAAACCUGAUCUCAAGAUUAAUACCACACUCCGAGAAGUUGUAGAUCACUAUAAAAAGAAAAGUCCUGAGAAAAAAACUGAAGUUCUGAAAAAUCCUGAAGUUCUGUGUGACAUCUGUGAGGAAAGAAAGCUGAAAGCCCUGAAGUCGUGUCUGGUGUGUCAGAGCUCUUACUGUGAAACUCACCUGGAGCCUCAUUUGAGAGUGGCAGGUUUAAAGAAACACAAACUGAUCAAUCCUGUGAGGAAUCUGGAGGACUAUAUAUGUCAGAAACAUGAGAGACCUCUGGAGCUGUUCUGUAGAGAUGAUCAGACAAUCGUGUGUGUGUCCUGCACUGACGGAGAUCACAAGAAUCACAACACUGUUUCAUUAGAAGAGACUCAGCUGAUGAUCCAAGACACAGAGGAGAUGAUCCAGGGCAGAAUCAAGAAGAUUCAAGACAUAAAAAACACAGCAGAAUUCAGAAAAAGAAACACAGAGAAGGAGAAAGCAGCCCGUGUGGAGCUCUUCACUGAUCUCAUCCGUUCCAUUGAGAGAUGUCAGACUGAACUGCUGGAGAUGAUGGAGGAGCAGCAGAAAGCAGCAGAGAAACAGGAGGAAGAGCUCAUUGAAGAGCUGGAGCAGGAGAUCACUGAGCUAAAGAUGAGAAAAACUGAGCUGGAGCAGCUCUCACACACUGAAGAUCACCUCCACCUCCUACAGAUUUACUCAUCCCGGUGCAGCUCUAGAAACACCAGGAACUGGUCUGAGAUCAGUGUGAAGACUGAUGAGAGUCUGGAGACUCUGAGGAGAGCUCUGACUCAACUGCAGGACACUCUAGAUGAGAAACUCAUACAGGCUGAUCUGAAGAGGAUGCAGCAGUAUGAAGUGGAUGUGACUCUGGAUCCUGAUACAGCUCAUCCAUAUCUCAUCCUGUCUGAUGAUGGAAAACAAGUAAAAUGUGGAGACAUUAGGCAGGACCUCCCAGACAAUCCAGAAAGAUUUGAUUACAGUGUAUGUGUCUUGGGAAUGGAGGGAUUCUCCUCAGGGAGAUUUUAUUUUGAGGUGCAGGUGAAGGGAGUAACUAAAUGGGGUUUAGGAGUGGCCAGAGAUUCCAGUAACAGGAAGGGAUCGAUCACACCGAGACCCUGUAAUGGACACUGGACUUUGGCACUGAAGAAUGGGAAUGAAUAUGUAGCCGCUGCUGGUCCCUCUGUCUCUCUGUGUCUGAGAGUGAAGCCGCAGCGGGUCGGUGUGUUUGUGGAUUAUGAGGAGGGUCUGGUCUCCUUUUAUGAUGUGGAGUCCAGAUCUCAUAUCUACUCUUUCACUGGUCAGUCUUUCACUGGAAAACUCUAUCCAUUGUUUGGCCCUGACUCUAAUGAUGGAGGUAAAAACUCAACUCCACUGAUCAUCACACCUGUCAAAUACAAUAAAUGAAUUUACACCCCAAAUAUGAAAUGUGUGAUGAAAAUAAUGCUUCAUGCAAUUAAUGUUUAAAAACAUCAAAAAUGUGUAUCAAUCAUUUGUUUUACAUCAGCUGUUUUACAUCAAAGUGAUUACAGCAUCUGAAAAAACUAUGCAGUAUAAUUGAUUAUGGUAGUUUUUAUAUUCACAUAUACGCAUAUAUACAAAACAUAUAACUAACUACAUAUAUGUAAGCAUCUGUUACAUGCUUAAAAAAUAAUGAAAUAUAAAGGCUUGUAUGCAAAAAAUUUUUCACACAGUUAUAUUACUGAUUAUUAGAUGUCACGUAAAUUAUGACAACACUCAGAAGUCCAUUUAAAAACUUUUAUUACAAUUUAAUUCAUUAAAUGGUAAAAAUACUCUCCAGACUUGACAGGGCCAAUGCAGAUCCCAGGUUUUUGCUGCCUAUAGAGAACAAAACACAAAAAUUGAGUUGCACUACAGCUUGACAGACAUCAAUGUGAUAAACAGACUUGAAAAUGACUUACCUCUUUAUUAACCGAAAGAGCGAUACUCAUCAGCACGCUGCAAUGUCGAACAACAUACACGCUGAAAGAAAUGAAAAACAAAUUCAACACUGCAUAGACAUCCUGAUCUCCUCGAUCCGUUACAAAGCUAAAACCGCUCUCAUUUUAUGAAUUUUACUGCGUUGUUCAAUAGCUGAAAAUGACUUGCCUCUUUAUUAACUCAUCAGCACGCUGCAAUGUCGAACAACAUACACACUGAAAGAAAUGAAAAACAUAUUCAACACUGCAUAGACCUACACAGAGAUAUUCGUUUCACAAUGCAUCCCCUUUCUGAAUUUCCUUCUUGAUACAAUUAAUGUAAAAAUGCUCCUGAUUACAUUUAAAUGUAAUGUUUGUAUUUCCCAUUAAAAGCAAAUAAAAUAUUGAAAUUA